AUGGGCUUCAAUGGGGGCGGUAAAUGGUGGACCCCCCGUUGGGAGGAACAUAGGAAAACUGUAAGAAAGCUUUUUAAUAAAGCCAAGAAACGUAGGCAUCAGCGAGCAUGGGAUGAAUAUCAUACCGCUCGCGACUCUUAUAAGAAAGAAGUAGAUAGGGCAAGGGGUGUCAGCUGGAGAAGUUUUUGCGAGGGAAUCGAGAGGGUACCAGAAGCUUCAAGACUUCAUAAAGUACUAGCUCGAGACCCAAUGGCAAAAUUAACUACUAUUAAGCUGCCUAAUGGGCAGUAUGCCCAGGAUAAAAGGGAGUGUCUAAAGCACCUGAUGGAAGUAAACUUCCCGGACUUUAGAGAAGGUUUGGAGAACAGCCAGGGCAUAGGACCAGGUAGGAACCGAGGAUAUCGGGAACACUGGAAACUAGCAGCCAGGGUUGUAACUCCGGAAGGGAUUGAUUGGGCAAUAAGCACUUUCAAACCAUUUAAGGCUGCAGGGGGGGACGGUAUAUAUCCGGUUCUUUUGCAAAAGGGAUUGGAUUGUAUUAGAGUACCACUGUGUAAAAUUAUGAGAGCAUGUAUAGCUCUUGGUUAUACACCGGAGUCUUGGAAAAAGACGAGGGUUGUGUUUAUUCCGAAGUCCGGUCGGUCAGGCUAUACUGCGGCGAUGGACUUCAGGCCAAUCAGCCUAACUUCCUUUAUAUUAAAGACGUUAGAGAAACUGGUGGAUAAGUUUAUUAGACAGGAAUGUCUUAGAGAUUUUCCCCUACAUCAGGGACAGCAUGCAUAUAGAGCAGGCUUCUCAGUAGAAACAGCCCUCCAUUAG